AUGUCGAAGAUACUCGGCGUGAUCCUAUUGUUGGCUCGAUUAUCAUGGCAGCAGCAAGACCCUGUGACUGAUUUUUGUCGGAGAUGGGGACAUCAAACUGCUGUUAUUGAUGAGAGGUUGUGGAUUGAUGGAGGUCAAGUCAAUUGGACGCCGUUUACAUCAAGCUCGCAAAAUGUUUCCAAUACUUGGCUGCUUUACAACGACCUCACCAUAGAUUCUCCUCUUGGAAUGCCCCAGCUUAAUGCUACAAAUUACAAGAACGCUACGGUACCCGAUGUCACUGGUGGAAUACUCUGGGAAGACAACAUAAACAAGCGGUUCUACCUUUUUGGGGGCGAAUAUUUGAAUGAUGGAGUUGGACCAAGUCCCGUUAAUUUAUGGUCUUUCGACGCCAUCUAUGAUUAUUGGGUAACCUUUGGAGCCCCUCAAGUCACAGCUUCGAUUUCAGGCGUCUCCUAUGCUGGCCAUGUAGUAGCUCCAGAAGUUGGUCAGGGUUUUGCGCUUGGAGGGUGGAUGAGCAAUCUUACUGUCCCGAACUGGUCUGGAGGUCCAGUUGCUAGUAGUGCUCUGCUAAAAUACGAUAUGACGACCAAUUUGUGGACGAACAGUAGCGGUCCAGAUUCUACACCUCGAGCUGAAGGGGCAAUGGUGUAUAUCCCAGCGAGCGACCACGGGCUGUUGAUUUAUUUUGGAGGUGUCACGGCGCCAUAUUACAACUCUACAAUGGUCGAAGCUCCAAUGAGCGAGAUUCAUGUUUACGAUGUAACGAGCUCUAAUUGGUAUACACAAACAGCAACGGGGCAAAUUCCACCAAAUCGGAGACGUUUCUGUGCUGGAGCAACAUGGGCAGCAGAUAAAUCCUCAUAUAACAUAUAUAUUUACGGUGGUCUUGGAUUUGGUGCCAACUCAACUGGAUUCGAUGAUUUAUGGAUCCUGUCAUUGCCCUCAUUUACUUGGAUCCAGUGGUAUGUGGGCACGAAUCCUGAAGCAUAUCAUCAUUCCUUGACUUGUAAUGUCGUCAACAAUGCUCAAAUGCUUGUCAUUGGAGGUACCUUUCCUGUUGGGGAUUCAUGCGACGCUCCGAAUGUUUGGGGAACUCAUAAUGUCGACAUGGGAAAAGUAUCCGGAAACAUGUGGGAGGUUUACACGCCGAAUUUGACGACCUACCAUGUACCACCUGAGGUAAUCUCUAUAGUGGGUGGCUCAUCCCUUGGAGGCGCCACAGCUACUGCACCAGCUGCAGGAUUUCAGAGCCAUGAUCUCUCCGUAUACUUCACGGAACACGCCUCUGCAGCCGUCCGGACUGCAACACGAGCCAUUCCUUCCUCCACAUCCAGCAGUACUGGAACUUCAUCUUCGAAACUUUCGGCUGGUGCAAUUGCAGGCAUUGCGGUAGGCGGAGCUGUGGUAUUAAUCGCGAUUCUUCUUGGAGGCUGCUGCUUGAUCCGUCGCCAUAGACGAAGAAACAUCCAGCAACAAUCACCUGCUGGAUAUCCCACUCCGGACUACGCCGUCGUGCCCCAGACUCCACACAGCCCUUACACUCCAGGAAGUCAGUAUCAGCAAGGAUACCAACCUCCCAUGCCUGUCCAGCAACAUUAUCAAUUGCCAGCAGUUGUUCCUGUGGAGUUGCAAGGAAAUAAUUAUCAAAUGGAUCCCACAAAGCAUGCUGGUAUUCAGCAGCUUCCAGCCGAUCAGUAUUCCUACCAAGGUUGGCAAGGAUCGCCAGACGCCUCACCUCAACCUCAACACCUUUCUCCUUCACAGUCUGUGCAUUCACCUCAUCCAUCACAUUCUCCGCAUCCAUCUUACUUCAGCCCUCAAACGGAUUCGAACUCGAAUACGUUGUACAGCGCGCCGGGGUCCGCAACGUCACCGACCCCCACCUAUUCGAGUGUGGGAAGGCACGCCAGGAAACCUGUUGCACCACCUAAUCAGACAUACUAUUCCCCUUGA